CCGGCCACCAUAGUCUUCGCGCCCGGCUGGCGGGGUUGCAGUCUUCCCCUGCCGUCCGCGCCGCUGCCUGGGGCCCGGCGGAGCGCGGCAGACAGGGCCGCCGCGGGGGCCAUGACCGUGGAGCAGAACGUGCUGCAGCAGAGCGCGGCGCAGAAGCACCAACAAACAUUUUUGAAUCAGCUGAGAGAAAUAACUGGGAUUAAUGAUGCCCAGAUACUGCAACAAGCCUUGAAGGAUAGUAAUGGAAACUUGGAGUUGGCAGUGGCCUUCCUUACUGCAAAGAAUGCCAAGACCCCUCCCCAAGAAGAGACAGCUUACUAUCAAACAGCACUUCCUGGAAAUGAUAGAUACAUCAGUGUGGGAAGCCAAGCAGACACAAAUGUGAUUGAUCUCACUGGAGAUGACAAAGAUGAUCUUCAGAGAGCGAUUGCCUUGAGUUUGGCAGAAUCAAACAGGGCAUUCAGAGAAACUGGAAUAACUGAUGAAGAGCAAGCCAUUAGCAGAGUUCUUGAAGCCAGCAUAGCAGAAAAUAAAGCAUGUUUGAAGAGAACACCUACAGAAGUUUGGAGAGAUUCUCGAAACCCUUAUGAUAGAAAAAGACAAGACAAAGCUCCUGUUGGGCUGAAGAAUGUUGGUAAUACUUGCUGGUUUAGUGCUGUCAUUCAGUCAUUAUUCAAUCUUUUGGAAUUUAGAAGAUUAGUUCUGAAUUACAAGCCUCCAUCAAAUGUUCAAGAUUUACCACGAAACCAAAAGGAACAUCGGAAUUUGCCUUUUAUGCGGGAACUAAGGUAUCUGUUUGCGCUUCUUGUUGGUACCAAAAGGAAGUAUGUUGAUCCAUCUAGAGCAGUUGAAAUUCUGAAGGAUGCCUUCAAGUCAAAUGACUCGCAGCAGCAAGAUGUGAGUGAAUUUACGCAUAAAUUAUUAGAUUGGUUAGAAGACGCCUUCCAAAUGAAAGCUGAGGAGGAAACGGAUGAAGAAAAGCCAAAGAAUCCCAUGGUAGAGUUGUUCUAUGGAAGAUUCCUUGCUGUGGGAGUGCUUGAAGGAAAAAAAUUUGAAAACACUGAAAUGUUUGGUCAGUAUCCACUUCAGGUCAAUGCAUUCAAAGAUCUGCAUGAGUGCCUAGAAGCUGCAAUGAUUGAAGGAGAAAUUGAAUCCUUACAUUCAGAUAAUUCAGGAAAAUCAGGUCAAGAGCAUUGGUUUACGGAACUACCACCGGUAUUAACGUUCGAGUUGUCAAGAUUUGAAUUUAAUCAAGCAUUGGGAAGACCAGAAAAAAUUCACAAUAAAUUAGAAUUUCCCCAAGUUUUAUAUCUGGACAGGUAUAUGCACAGAAACAGAGAAAUAACAAGAAUCAAACGUGAAGAGAUCAAGAGACUUAAAGAUUACCUCACAGUAUUACAACAAAGAUUAGAAAGAUAUUUAAGCUACGGUUCUGGUCCCAAAAGAUUCCCCUUGGUUGAUGUUCUACAGUAUGCAUUGGAAUUUGCCUCAAGUAAACCUGUUUGCACAUCUCCUAUUGAUGAUAUUGAUGCUAGUUCCUCACCUAGUGGUUCCAUUUCAUCACAGUCCUUACCAAGCACAACAGAACAGCAGGGAACUCCUUCAGAACUGCCCAGCUCAUCACCUGCAUCAGGUGCUACCCUGUCAUCGAGGUCAGUGAUACACAAACCGUUCACUCAGUCUCGGAUACCUCCAGAUUUGCCAAUGCAUCCAGCACCAAGGCACAUAACAGAAGAAGAACUUUCUGUGCUGGAAGGCUGUUUACAUCGCUGGAGGACAGAAAUAGAGAAUGACACAAGAGAUUUGCAGGAAAGCAUAUCCAGAAUCCAUCGAACAAUUGAUCUUAUGUAUUCUGACAAAUCCAUGAUCCAAGUUCCAUAUCGCCUCCAUGCUGUUUUAGUUCAUGAAGGCCAGGCUAAUGCUGGGCACUACUGGGCAUAUAUCUUUGACCAUCGUGAAAGCAGGUGGAUGAAGUAUAAUGACAUUGCUGUGACCAAAUCAUCAUGGGAAGAACUAGUGAGGGACUCCUUUGGUGGUUACAGAAAUGCCAGUGCAUACUGUUUAAUGUACAUAAAUGAUAAGGCACAAUUCUUAAUACAAGAGGAGUUUAAUAAAGAAACUGGACAGGCCCUUGUUGGACUAGAAACAUUACCACCUGAUUUGAGAGAUUUUGUUGAGGAAGACAACCAGCGAUUUGAAAAAGAACUAGAAGAAUGGGAUACACAGCUCACCCAAAAAGCCUUGCAGGAAAAGCUUUUAGCUUCUCAGAAACUGAGGGAGGCUGAGUCUUCUGUGGCAGCAGCACAAGCAGGAGAACCAGAAUAUCUAGAGCAGCCAUCAAGAAGUGAUUUCUCAAAGCACUUGAAAGAAGAAACUAUUCAAGUAAUUGCCAAGGCCUCACACGAGCAUGAAGAUAAAAGUCCUGAGACAAUUUUGCAGUCGAAACCUGAAAAUACCACAAGCCAACCACCUUCUAGCCAGCGAGUUGUAGAGGUGGCAAUUCCUCACGUAGGGAAAUUUAUGAUUGAGUCAAAGGAGGGAGGGUAUGAUGACGAGAUCAUGAUGACACCCAGUAUGCAAGGUAUUAUCAUGGCGAUAGGUAAAUCCAGGAGUGUGUAUGACAGGUGUGGCCCUGAAGCAGGGUUCUUUAAGGCAAUUAAGUUGGAGUAUUCAAGAUUGGUUAAGUUGGCCCAAGAGGAUACCCCACCCGAAACAGAUUAUCGUUUACACCAUGUUGUGGUCUAUUUUAUUCAGAACCAGGCACCAAAGAAAAUCAUCGAGAAAACGUUGUUAGAACAAUUUGGAGACAGAAAUUUGAGUUUUGAUGAAAGGUGUCACAACAUAAUGAAAGUUGCUCAAGCCAAACUGGAAAUGCUAAGACCUGAAGAAGUAAACCUGCAGGAGUAUGAGGAGUGGCAUCAUGAUUAUAAGAAAUUCAGAGAAACAACUAUGUAUCUCAUAAUCGGAUUAGAAAAGUUUCAGAGAGAACGUUACAUAGAUGCCUUGCUGUUCCUUAUCUGUGCUUAUCAGCAUAACAAAGAACUAUUGUCCAAGGGUCCAUACAAAGGACAUGAUGGAGAGCUGAUAUCACAUUAUAGAAGAGAAUGUUUACUAAAAUUAAAUGAGCAAGCAGCAGAACUUUUUGAGUCUGGAGAGGAUCGAGACGUGAACAGUGGCUUGAUUAUCAUGAAUGAGUUUAUUGUUCCAUUUUUGCCCUUGUUACUGGUGGAUGAAAUGGAAGAGAAGGAUAUACUUGCUGUGGAAGAUAUGAGGAAUCGAUGGUGUUCAUACCUGGGGCAAGAAAUGGAAUCAAACCUCCAAGAAAAGCUGACAGAUUUUCUGCCAAAACUGCUUGACUGUUCUACAGAGAUUAAAGGUUUCCACGAGCCACCAAAGUUACCUUCCUAUUCCACGCAUGAACUCUGUGAGCGAUUUGCCCGAAUCAUGUUGUCCCUCAGUCGAACUCCUGCUGAUGGAAGAUAAACUACCCACACGUUCCCCAAACACACUAUAUAAACUUUUUUAGUUCUUAACCCUUGCCUUCCUGUCACAGGGUUUGCUUGUUGCUGCUAUAGUUUUUAAUUUUUUAUUUCAAUAACUGUAAAAACAAAAUGACUAUGCCAACCUUAGCCAGACUGCGAAUAGCAAAGCUGAGAAUCGCAUGGCACUCAGACUUUGUUUUAACCGGAACUGAUGUAUAAUUACAAAUCCGAUUGAUUUUAUUAAGGUGAAACUAUGUUUUUGCCACAUUUCUGCUGCAGUAUUUCCUUUCACUUUUCUUUACCUUCAGCUUUCCAUUUAGUCUGGACCUUUCCAAGACUAAGCCAUUAAGUGUUCAGCACUGUGUAUGAUACAUAAUAUUUGGUAGCUUGUAAAUGAAAAUCGAAUAAAGUUUUAUUUAUGGCUACCUA